AUGAUUAUGCGGCGUGGCACAAAAAUACACGACGCAUUGGAGCGCGCAGUACAGCCCGUGCGCACAGAGAUUCGUGUAGAGACGGUUGUGGACGAGUACGCGUAUUGUAUAUUGCAGUUUGCGGCACGAGUGCAUGCCGCACGCACGCACGGAUGUGCGCGCGAGGUUCCCGUGUUUGGCUGGGUGCAUGGCUGGCUUGUGCGUGGGAUAGUAGACGAGCUACGAGGCGGCGAGGGGAAUGGACUUGUCCUUAGUGAUACCAAGACGCGGCACAGCGAGCACCUGCCUAGUGAGCCAGAUCAGCGCCAGGCACAACUGCAGUGCAUGCUGUACAAGCGGCUUGCAGAUACCCUCUACACCACGCUCACAGGUCAAGCCACGCGCGGUAUGGACCCGUUCGCGGCGCCGACAGAUUUGUAUACUGCACUGCGUCUUGCGCCAGAGAGCUUGUGCUCUGCAUCGUUCCAGCAUGAUAUCUGCGCCGCGGCAGAGAGCACAUGCAUGCCAUGGAGCGCCGCAGCGAUUCCUGCAUCGCUGCAAUUACGCGACGUUCUCGCACUCGCACACAGCGCGUUACAUACACAGACGACGCAGUAUGCGUUGAUAUCGAAUGCUAUGCAAGUGGUAUAUAUCCAGCGCGGUGCGGAGCCUGCAAAUGUGUUGGGGACCUGCGAUUUCCACGCAGAUCCGUACAUGCUCGAAGCCUACUUGGACAGCACAUUUGCACUGUUUCGCGGCGCGCGCGAUCCACAGGGAGUUGCAUUGCACGUCACAAACCGAUGUAAGCGUUGUGCAUGGCGCGAAGGGUGCGAAUGGCGCGAGGAACGGGCCGCGGAUAUGCAUGCGCGCGCGGAGGAGCGACUUCGUGCGCGAGAGGACGACGCGCUGUGGCUGGAAUUUGCGCAACCGGACAAGCUCGCUGGAUUGCAAUGGUAA